AUGGACAAUUGGUAUAACCAAUUGCUCUUAACGAGAUAUCUUAAAAGCCGGUGUACAGAUGUAUUGGGCACGAUAAGCCGCCGGCGAAAGGGGAUACCACAUGCUAUAAAGGAUUUGAACCCGAAGCAGCUGGAGCGUGGGGUGUCUGUAGGUAGACAUUGCGGUGACAUCGCGUUGGUGGCGUGGAAAGACGUCAAACUUGUCACCGUUUUGUCUACCUACCACCAACAUGAGAUGGUACCGGGAAGACGUGCUGGACAGGCGGUCCUGAAGCCAACAGUGGUUCAGGAGUACAACCGAUACAUGGGAGGCGUAGACUUGAAAGAUCAAAAGUUGUCUAUGUUCUUAUUAGAACGGAAAAGAAACCGGAAAUGGUACAUGAAAGUGUUUAAAAGGCUGUUAAACACCAGUCUUUUAAACGCUUUCAUUAUUUAUUUGCGGAACCCCAUGUAUCGCAUGUAUUCCCACCGCCAGUUUAGGCUGAAGGUCGCCGAAGGGCUAUUGAGCCGAUACCCACGCGUUUCCUCGGUGCCACCCAGAGUACCGAAUCAACUGCAACGGCUUGUUCUUCGUUUGGAACUUCGUUGGGGAAUCACUUCCCUAUUUAUACAGAAGCUGAUUCGAGGCCGGGAAAAAAGAAUCGCAAGCAAUUGCGUUGUGUUCGGUGCACUGCUCUAA